AUGAGGUACAUUUCCAAGCUUUCCCAGUUUAGAUACUCGAUAAUUCUGCCUGAUGAUUACGGUAUAUCUCAUGUUCUGACUCUAGUGCUACAAGAACUGAGUUUGCUCUGUAAAAGAGAUGUCAAUGGCGUUGGUAUGUUAUAUGACCUGCUCAGAUCUCGCUGGCUGCAAGCACUUUUAAAGAUUUAUGAAUGCCUCCAACACUAUCUGGGAAAAAGACCGGUUCCUGUCACCCUGCAGGCCCGCGCGUUGAAUCGUGAGGUGGUAGCGUUACUGCGUGAAGCCCCUCAGUCUGGAGAGAUCAAGGAACUAAGACAACUGCUGUGUGCUUCACACCUCAAGGCCUUGUUAUCUGCUCAUGAUAUUGUGGCCCAGAAGGAUUUCGAACCCGUCCUUCCACCGCUGCCAGACAACAUACCUGAAAACGAGGAAGCCAUGAGGAUUGUCUGCUUAGUGAAAAACAACCAGCCUCUGGGUGCCACCAUUAAGCGCCACGAGCUAACGGGUGACAUAACGGUUGCCCGUGUGAUCCACGGUGGGCUGGCAGACAGAAGUGGGUUGCUGUAUGCUGGAGACAAACUGGUGGAAGUAAAUGGAGUUCCUGUUGAGGGACUUGAGCCGGAGCAAGUUAUUAAUAUUCUGGCCCUGUCUCAGGGGACAAUUAUGUUCAAAUUAAUUCCAGUUUCUGAUCGACCUGUGAGCAACCAAACAACACUCUAUGUGCGAGCGAUGGCAGACUACUGGCCCUUGCAGGAUCCUGCCAUACCAUGUGCUGAUGCAGGUUUGCCUUUUAAGAAGGGUGAAAUACUGCAGAUUGUGGACCAGAAUGAUGCUCUCUGGUGGCAGGCCAGGAAGGUUUCGGAUCUCAGUGCCUGUGCUGGACUUAUACCCUCAAACCACCUUCUUAAAAGGAAGCAGCGGGAAUUCUGGUGGUCUCAGCCUUUCCAGCCCCAUCUCUGUCUCAAAUCAUCAAUGUUAAGCACUGUGGAAGAAGAGGAUGACAUGAAGAUUGAUGAGAAGUGUGUGGAAACAGAUGAGGAAACAUUUGAGUCUGAAGAGCUUAAAGAAGAAGAGGAAGAAUUUGGUGAAUUUGGACAACGAGUCUUUAUUGCUGGCUUCCGCAGAAGUAUGCGCCUGUGUCGCAGGAAGUCCCGAGCCCACCAGCAGUCGUGUUACGCUCGCUGCCCCAGCAGCUGUUACAGCACCCUCGCAGCUCCCUACGAAGAGGUCGUUAGGUACCAGCGGCACCCGACGGACCGCAACAGACUAAUUAUACUAGUGGGUCCCGCGGGAGUUGGUGUGAAUGAGCUAAGGCGCAGGCUUAUCGCAAGUAACCCACGACAGUUUCAAAGUGCCAUACCUCACACCACUCGUGUUCAGAAGAGUUAUGAAAUGAAUGGUCGUGAAUAUCACUACGUAUCAAAGGAAACUUUCGAAAACAUGGUGUAUAGCCACAGAAUGCUGGAAUAUGGGGAGUACAAAGGGUCCCUGUAUGGUACCAGUGUCGACGCAGUGCGAACAGUCCUUGAUGAAGGCAAGAUCUGCAUCAUAGAUUUAGAACCCCAGGGCAUACAAGCAGCCCGGACUCAUGAAUUAAAGCCCUACAUCAUAUUCAUUAAGCCGUGCAGCAUAAGCUGCAUGAGACAGACUCGUAAAAAUGCCAGGAUCAUCACGGAUUAUUAUGUGAACAUGAAAUUCAAGGAAGAAGAUUUACAGGAGAUGGAAGAUUCAGCGAAGAAAAUGGAAGCUCAGUUUGGUCAGUUCUUCGAUCAGGUGAUUGUGAACGACAACUUGCAGGAAGCGUCGGCGCAGCUGCUGUCUCUGGUCCAUCGCGCACAGGACGAGCCUCAGUGGGUCCCUGCGAUAUGGAUAUGCUCAGACACUCAGCCCUAAUUCUGAGCAGCUUUGCAAAGAUUACAGCUUAUGUUUUACUUCCAGAAUAAUCCUAAUGUCAGGAUUCCAAGAAUUUAUCUUUGUAUGUGAGGGAUUUGGAAGAGGAUUAGGAAAGAAGCUGCUACAGGAGAUAGAAUCAUACUAUGUUCUGUGUAGCUCUGUUGCUUUUUAUGUUACAGUUGCAUCCACUUUUGUACAAAAAAAGGAAAUACUGUGUGUGCUCAAUCACAAGAAUAAAGAAAAAUCUAUUUUGUU